AUGGCCGACGCCACCGACAAGAUCUCUAUCACCAUCUGCGGCGAUGGUGGAUGCGGAAAAUCAUCCAUCACCUUGCGCCUGGUGCGGAGUCAGUGGAUUCAUGAAUACGACCCUACAAUCGAGGAUUCAUAUUCGGUUACGCGCGUGGUCGAUGGCGUGCCAUACUUCCUAUCCAUCACCGACACGGCCGGCCAGGAAGAGUAUCGCGGCUUAUGGGCGGCUUCCAACCUGAGAUCCGACGCCUUUCUUCUGGUGUACGACAUCACCAACAAAUCGAGCUUAGGCGCUUUGGACUACUUCAUGGACAUGAUUGAGAUCGAAACCGAACAACGCCUUGAGGACAAUGAUCGGUUGCGCAAGGAGUUGGGGGCCAGUGCAGAGGGCCUCGAUGUGGGCAUGCCACCCCCGGUCAAGAUCGUCGCAGGGAACAAGUGCGAUCUCAAAGACAACAGAGUCAUUAGUUCCCGGGAUGGCCUGGAGUAUGCCCGAAAACACGGUUGCGGUUUCAUGGAGACCAGCGCCAGGGAGAUGGUCAACAUCGAGGAAACCUUUGCCCUCCUAGUCCGUCGGGUCGUCGAGGCCCGUCGACUACACUACCAGAAGGGUCCUCCGACCAGUCAAACCGCUCAAAGGGGCGAGCCUUCGACGGAAGCAAAAACCCCUGCUGACACGGUUGUUAGCAAGGAAGGCAAGGGAGAAUCGCAGAAGCGCACACAGAAACGACAGAGUGGUCUUCGUGGGCUCUUUGGAGGUAAACGUGCACGUCAGGAUCCAGGCGAGAAGGGCCAUCUUCAACCAGAGGCAUCAGGAUCGGGGCAGAACAAGCCAUCCAAGCCUGCAAAGGCAAGCAUAUGGAAGCGCAUGAGUUGCUGUUAG